UCUUCGUCCUUCCCUUUCCGUCUAAAACGCGGUGCAAAUCGGACGUGCCUAAGGUGCUCGGUUCUUCAGUGAAGCUAAGGCCACAAUCCGGCGACUAGCACUCUCAAACUUAGGCAUCCUUGUCUGAAAACAUCCUAAAACAUCACUAAAAUGGCAUCAGUUUCAGAGCUCGCCUGCAUUUAUGCUGCUCUCAUCCUCCACGAUGAUGAAGUUGCCAUCACCGAGGAUAAGCUGAACGCCCUCAUCAAGGCAGCCGGCGUCACCAUUGAGCCAUUCUGGCCCGGUCUGUUCGCCAAGGCCCUGGCCAGCGUGGACAUCGGCAGCCUGAUCUGCAACGUUGGAGCUGGUGGUGGUGCCGCCCCCGUGGCUGCUGCUGCUGCUGGUGGAGCUGCCCCAGCUGGAGGAGACGCCCCAGCUGAGGAGAAGAAGGAAGAAGAGAAGAAGGAGGAGUCUGAGGAGUCCGAUGACGACAUGGGCUUCGGUCUCUUCGACUAAACAACAAACCUCUCCUUUUUUAAUAAAAGAGAAACAAACUGAA